AGUCGCCAGUGUCGGAUCGUGAGUAAGUGGUGAGGGAUCCUCGCGCACCUCGUAGGACAUUUAAAUCGACCGCAGGUAGACGGACCGACGAUCUGAGCCCGACUCUCCGAAAAAAAGGAAACCGCUUUUGUUCGCGUGUCGCAUCGGUCUCACCGUCACAUUUCUUCCCGUCUUUCCCCUGCGCCGAUCAAAACCCUCCUCUCUCACUCUCUCUCUUUCUCUCUAUCUCCUCGUGAUUUCCUCGAGAAAAUAAACGAACUCGCCCGUGAACUCGACAAUCAUCGCGCGACGAUUAAGUGGCACCGACCGAAAAACCUUUGACGAAACGCUUCUACGCUUAUUUAUUAGGAUCCUCGAAACGUCUCGCGACGCGUUAUUUAUUAUCCGGUUUUGUGCUUCGAUUCGCGGAAUAUAUCGUGCGUGUGAAGAACAAAUAUCGAAGAAAAGAAAGAGAACGAAGAGUAUAAACGCAAAAUUCCGUCACGACGAUUAAGAAACAGAGUGAAGGAAGAUACUUUUUCGGAGAGGAAGAAAAUGUGCGAGUAAGAAAGUAAAGUGAGAAACUCUGAUCGAACGAACAAACGAAACGUUCGAGUCGCCAAUCGCCAGUCGCCGUCGUGCACGCAUACACACGUACCGUUGCACACGCACGUUAUAAUACGUGCGUACGUCGUCGUCAUCGUCGUCGUCGUCGUCAUCGUCGUCGUCGGUUCGCGAUUCAUCGCGAGGUGAGUGAUCAGCAGCCGAGUCUCUGCCUCGUUCGCUGUGAAAAAGUGUUGAGUGUGUCUCCUCUUUCUCUUUUUUUUCCCCUCUUUCUCUCCUCUCGCACUGGAAUUUAUCCAUCUCGAGGAGAUCCUCGAAGAGAGAGAGAGCGAGCGAGCACGUGGACAGAAUACAUUCCGAGCGUGUUCUGAGGAACGUGGUGAGAAAAUCGAUCGACGCGUCUCCCCCUCGUGAACGAUCGCUAUGGAUCUUCUGUGCUGCGAGACGACCGAGACCGAACGCCGAGCUUACGCGGAUCCGGUCCUGUUCGGCGACGACCGGGUUCUGCAGAAUCUCCUGCAGACCGAGGAGCGCUACGCGCCCAGCAGCUCCUACUUCGAGUGCGUACAGAGGGACAUCUCGCCGCUCAUGCGCAAGAUCGUCGCCGAAUGGAUGUUAGAGGUAUGCGAGGAGCAAAAGUGCCAGGACGAGGUCUUUCCGCUGUCGAUGAACUACGUCGACAGAUUCCUGUCGAUCUGUCCGAUCAGAAAGUCGCAGUUGCAGCUACUCGGCACCGCCUGUCUCCUAUUGGCGUCAAAGCUACGCGAGACGUCACCGCUCACGGCCGACGUUCUGGUUUUCUACACCGAUAAUUCCAUCACUCUGGACGAUCUAUGGAGGUGGGAGCAGCUGGUUGUCUCUAAGCUAAAAUGGGAAUUGUCCGCGGUAACACCCGGCGAUUUCUUAAUGCACAUCCUCAAUAGAUUGCCAAUGCCACGCACUUGGGAUACCGUGAUGGUCCGGAGGCAUGCGCAGACCUUUAUCGCUCUCAGCGCUCGAGAAUACAAGUUCUCCAUGUACACGCCGAGCAUGAUAGCGGCGGCGAGCGUCGCGGCGGCGUUACACGGGCUGGACUGGACUGGGAAAAGCGGCUACGGACUAGCCGGUCUUCUGCACGAGCUUACUCGCAUCACGGCUAUCGAACAGGACUAUCUGCAAGGCUGCCUGCAGCAGAUAGAGGAGAUGAUCUCGCAGGCCGCCCACGUGAGCACCGAGAGCUCCGAUAGCGGAAGCGGACAUCAGACAAUGAGCACCAGUGUCACGAACGUGCCGCAGAGGCCGUUGGGGGACCAAAACAAUACGAGUCAGGAGAAAAUAUUGGAGCACGAGAAAGCGGGCACGCCGACAGACGUCAGGGACGUACAUUUUUGAAAACCGCAGUAGGGGGACACUCCGUAGGGGCCGACACACCGGUGAGUCUCACAGCCGAGGAGGAGAAAUUGCCCUCCAGCGAAGAGGACGAGGACGAUGAUGGACAGUCGGCAGGGAAACUGAAGAUAAUUCUGAAAGAGCAACAGGACACGCCGGAAGAGAAACGUGAUGUGGAAGUAUCUGAUUGUCCUUCGAAGCGAAAAACUCCUCCCGAAGAAUCUCGAGAUUGAACAUGAUCGAUCGCUAAUCGCGCAUUUGAUUGGAAAUUGCGACAUGAAUUAUUAUUAUUACAAACCAAAAACAGGUAGGACGCAUUUGAAGCAUGUAGAAUGCAUUUUGAAUUAAUAUGAAGUUUAUUUUGAUACGUAAUUGACGGGACGUACUUAUAUAAGAAAGAAUUUUUAUGUUCUGGAUUUAUAUAUAUUUCGCAAGAUGUAGUUGAGUGUACAAUAUAUUCUAGACGGAUUAAAGAAAAAUUUUUAUUUUCUCAUAGUUAUCCAAAUAGUCUGCAGUAGUCCAGCGAAUAUAUCAAUUAUAAUACAUUUAUUUAACAUUUGCGUUCAUCAUCGUCGAUGUCAAAUUUUAAUGCUUUAUUUUUCAAAAUCGCUUGAAGAUUCGCGAACUGUGACAAAAAAUAUGAUUAGUUUAUUGGUUUUAAUCGAAAAACCGUGAAAUUGCGGAAGACAAACAAAAAUAAACAAAGAGACGAAUGAUUAAAGAUAUAUAUGCUCGAGAUGAAAAACAUUUAAGGACCACCGGGCGACCCAUUUGUGUCUGAAUUUGCACUAUUCUAUAAUGUGUGUCGCCCAUGAAAGAAAAGAAUAUAGAAAUCAGAAAGGCGUGCUGUUUGGGGGAAGGCAAUGCAAUACGCUUUACGCAUUUGUAAUUUUGUAAUAGGAAUGUAUAUAUAUAUUCUUAACUAAGUUAUAUAUAUGUGUGUGUAUAUAUAUAUAUAUAUAUAUAUAUAUAUAAAACUUAACUUUUAGGACGAGAUAAGAAAUUACCGAGAAAUACGAAAAAUACGAUAACAUAAAUAGGAGGGAAGAAUUUGUUCUCCGCGUGAACAUUAAAAAGAAAAAAAAUUUCACUUAGUCAUAUCCAGUCAUUUAGCAUUUUGUACAUAUAUAGUAUGCAUGAAUAAAUAAAUAAAUAUAUAUAUAUAUAUACAUAUAUAUAUAUAUAUAUAUAUAUGUAUGUAUGUAUGUAUGUAUGUAUAUGUAUGUAUGUGUAAACUGAUGAAAGAGAGAGAGAGAGAGAGAUAAAGAGGAUCAAGGGUCGUACAAAAUGAAUGCGCGAUAAAAAGAAGAAGUGAGAGAUAACAAUCAGUACAAAAGAGAUAUAAGACCGUGUUGUCUUCUAUAUUAAAUCAAAGAAUGUUGAAUACACACAAUGAAAUAAUAUCUAAGAAUUCGAAAUGUGUGAUUUAUUUAAGAGAAAUGUAGAAAUUGCUUGGCAGUCCGAAUCGCCCAAGAUCGCUUUAUUUUUUUUUUUUUAUGUCUGUUACUCAUAAGAGAUUUGUCACUCGAAAAAUGAUUAAAUACACAUAUAGAAUAAUACAUUCGAAUAUUUCAAGAAUGAAUACAUACAAAUAUUUUUAAGACGCAAAGAUAUUCAUUUCUUUGUAAAGAUACUAAUGAACCGAACCGUGUCUGUGAUCUACAAUGCGACAUAGAAUGUUGUCUCUCGCAGUUUUUUAUCGCGCGAUAUGAUCCAGUUGUUUUUAAUUUUGUAAAGUUUCACACUAAGAUUUAUCCAAAUGAUGAGCGAUGCGAGUCUUUAUGUAUUCGAAAGAUUAUGGCGCGACCGUUCGCUUAUUCCGCUCGGUUCCUAAGAAGGGUUGUGCCAAUCCCUUUCUCGCCCCCCUUCCCGCGUGCGCGUAAUCUAAUUGCGAGCGUGAAAAGAAUGAUUCUCGCGAAAUAUAUGCGUGUACAGUUUACUAUAGUUCCAUGUGUGUGAAAGGAUUGAGAGUGAAAAUAAAAGAGAAAAAAAGCUGGGAGAAGAAUCGAAUGAAAAACCAAAAAAAAGAAGAGAAAAAUUAACUUUCUCCCUCCUUUCGAAUGUCGAUAUGUAAUAAUCCGCGGUAUAUAUACAAUAUCUCAAAGACAUUCACAUAGAUGACUGUAUAUAUGUGUAGACAGAUAGACAAUAUGAUUAAAUAAGAUAACGCGUAGUAAAUUUAAGGGAGAAAAACAUAAAAGCAAAAUGAAAAUACAACGAAUGGAAAAUAUUGAACGAUAUAUAUAUCGAGAAAUGAGAGGACACGAUUUGAUGAUGAUCGUGUUUCAGAAGAAUUUCGUACAAAACCACAAUGAAAGAAAAUAGUAAUCUGAUCGAUAGUUUCUUCGCUACGUCAAACAUGUAUUGUCUAGAAGAAUACUUUCACAUCUUUCAAGUGCUGUUGUAAAAAGAUAAUCUCGCUCAGAUGAACUAAUGUUUAACACGCUCUCUAACGUGUCCUAUUGCGGGAUUUUGUUAUAUGAUAGUCCUGAUCAUGUCAACAGCGAUACUUUCUGUGAUUCUAGAUAGUAUCCGUAAUGACGUGGCGAAACCAACGAUCGUCAUACGUGUGAUCGUCGGACGGAACUGAUAUCUAAAAAAAAAAAAAAUAUAAUGGAAUUGUUAGUACUUAAUAAGAGUCUCAAUAAACCAGUCUCAAACGAGGAGCUUCAUCGUCUCGUGACUCUGAAAAUUCCGGCAACACAUUUGCGAACGCGUGAAUUUCGCAAAUGACGGACGUCGUUGUUCGGCUUUCGAAAUUGCCCAAAUUCGCGUGGACAGAAUCAUAUGUCAAAUUAAAAUCGAUGUCCGGCAGCUCCGAGAAUUCUCGCGUCGCGAGUCGAUUUGAGUGAAGACGCAAAGAGUAAGGGCGUAAUAUACAUGUAUAUAUAUCGGAAGACCGAAUAUCUCGUAUAUUAAUCGUACACGUGUUCUUAUAUUUGUGCGAUUCGUCGUGUUGAUCGAGCUGGUCGAAUCGAUCAUACGGAACGUGUGAACGAUAAAAUUCACGAAUCGAUCCGAAUUAUUCAAGCGCGCAAGGCUUGAGCAAAAAGACUAAGAGAUCGUUACGUGAAUCACGAGUUUAUGCGCAAAUGUCGUGUCAGGACAUAUCUGGGGAUUUGAUAGAAUCCCAAAUGUGCCACGAAGUGGAAACUAGUUAGUACGUAAAAAAAAUGUCAAUUAACCAAAUCUUAGUACAAUGUAAUCAGAGUCGAAUAAGACAAAGAUAUUACACGGGAGAUCUGCGCGAUUGAUCUCUCUCGUUUUCUUUUUUUUCGCCCGUUUUUUCUUUUUUGUAAUCGUCGUCACAUGCAUAUCGAAAGUCGUUGACGAUACAUAUCUUUAUCGUACUUUAUAUUUUGACGUUAGUAUCGUCGUUGACGAGCAUGAUUAAUUGAUUCGACAAGAAGAGAUCCGCUUCGCGAAACCUUUGAAUUGAGAAAGGAUUCAAUAUAGGAAUUUAUUAUAUAUAAGCAAAAAUAUUCUAUUUUUUUCGGAAAUUGAGUUCUUUCCGCGGAAUAUCGUUUCAAAGAAGAAUAAGCUUGUUUAAUAAUAAAAAUAUAAUUAUUUGAUCACAUCCACGCGGAGAGAAAUAUUUAGAUAAAAAAUUAUAUCAAUUAUAUAAAAUUUACAUAAAAAUGAAAAUUUUCUUUUCUCAAUCCAAAAAUAAUCCUUUAGCAUCGCGGAAUCACUGCGAAAUACCAAUUGAGAAUUAUUAACUGCGCCCGAUUUUUAUAUUUAAGAAAAUAACGAACGUUAUUGUAUUCACUUAUCGCGUGUGUACAUAUAUAUAAUUAAUUCAAAGAGCGUUUUUUUUCCUUUUUUCUAAGAAACAACGUAUUUUCUCGCCGUGUGUGCGAUUUAUUACUGCGUUGAGAGAUGUUAUAUCGCGUAACGUUGCAGGUUCCUAAGGAGAGACAAAGGUUGUUUGAGAGCGAAUGAAAGAUAUGGGACGCAAGCGUUGAUGCACAUGUUUAGUGUUUAAGCAGCGAAAUGUAUAUAGAGAAAAUGAUAGCGUUGAAGAGAAAACCGAUCUAUAAAGUUAUUGUAAGUAAUUGAAUCCAUUUUAUUUCAUUAAGUUUUCAUAAACUUUAAUCAGACAAGAUUCUUUGAUUUUCAAUAGUUUGGGAAAAGUAAAUAUGACUUGACAAUAUCAUCUAAAAUAAUUUAGUUUGAAAUAUUUUGAGAAAAACUAAUAAGAACAGUCAUAAGUCUAGAGAAUCAAGAUGAUAAGAAAGAAAGUUAGGAGAAAACUGAAGGAAAAAUUUAAAUGAUUGGAACUCGAUGUAAAUAAGAGCGAUAGUAAAUCAGCGAAUUAAGUUUUCUUUUUUUAUAAAGACGAGAGGAUCUCGUCAGAAAUUUAAGAUCGAGUCUCUUAAAUAAGAAAAUAUAAUCUCCCCAUGUGCGAUCUGCAUAAACGGAAAUUAUACUCCGCUAUACUCCGAUUAUCGAUUCAUUUAUCAAUUUUAUGUUUAUAAGUAAAUACACACAAUCGGUUAGACAUGUGUCACGUAUAUUUCCACAAAACUUUUCAAUGGUCCCUAUCAAGACCAGUCAACUAUUUUUUUUUGUCUUUUGUUCGUUUUUUUUUUUUUUUUUAUAGUGCGCAAUAGAAUACCACUGAUAUACCUCAAAUCACACUUCGCCCGAGAUAUUCAUCAAUGCCUGAUGUAUCCGAUCAUUACCGUAGUUUUUAACAAGUCACAGGAAAACAAGACAUUUAUAAUGCGUUAUUUUUAAAGCUAGCACGUAAAUUACUUCUUUUAAUGCAUAGAUGAGAAUUGUACUACGUAAAAUAAUCCAACAUCUGUGUACAUAUCUUACGUAUCCUCGCGGCAACGUAAAAGAUUGAAAAUAAACUAUCGGUAUUUUAUACAAA